CUUUCUCCCUCCGACCAACCGAUAUAUCUUCUACCUCUCUCCUCUUUCUUUAUUUCACUAAUCAAUCACAGACCUCAUCAUCACUAUAAAAAUGCACCAUCCCUUGGCUUGCGUGCGUCUUCCUUCCAUUUUCUUCCAUUCUUACGUUCAAGAAGCCACCCGCUUUUACGUACCGGCCCAUCAACCAACGAGUUCAAGAACCACAGUGUUACAGUAAUCCAAACAGCUAUUUCUUUCCCGCGUUUUCGCUGCACAACCCUAUCAAUCUUCAACACCCAACAGCAAUGGCUUCCACCUUAAUACCCCUUCAAUCUCUAGCUUCCAGUUUUGUCGGACGACCUUUCAUCAGAAUCUUCUUAGCCUUCAUCCUCUGCUCCCUCUUCUACGUUGUUUUUUUCAGUCUUGGUGUUUCUGAAGAACAUCCUCAACAAUUCUUAGAAAUGGUUGACUUCGAAUUCUGCCCUGAUAACUACACAAAUUACUGCCCCUGUCAGGAUCCGCGCAGGCAAAAGCGGUUCUCCAAUUUCAUGUGGUUUCGUAAAGAGCGUCAUUGCCCAAACAUCAGUGAAAGAUUGCGCUGUUUGAUUCCUAAGCCAUUGGAUUACCAAAAGCCUUUUACAUGGCCUGAGAGUAAGGACACAGCUUGGUUCAGUAAUGUCCCUUUUCCCAAGCUUGCGGAAUAUAAAAAGUCUCAGAAUUGGGUCAGAUUGGAAGGUGAUCGUUUUGCGUUUCCCGGUGGCGGCACUUCGUUUCCUGAAGGAGUUAAGGGUUAUGUUGAUACUCUGAACCGUAUUCUGCCCUUGGAAUCUGGUGAUAUACGAACAGCUCUUGAUGUUGGUUGUGGGGUUGCAAGCUUUGGAGCAUCGUUAAUGGACUACAAUAUCUUGACAAUGUCAGUUGCCCCAAGUGAUGAACAUGAAGCACAAGUUCAGUUUGCCUUAGAAAGGGGACUUCCGGCCUUGCUUGGAGUACUAAGCGUUCACAGGCUACCAUUCCCUUCAAGAUCAUUUGAUAUGGCUCACUGCUCCAGAUGCCUUGUCCAAUGGGCUGCUUAUGAUGGGCUAUAUCUCUUAGAGAUUGACCGGCUUUUGCGCCCUGGGGGUUAUUGGGUACUGUCUGGACCACCCAUAAAUUGGAGAGAAAACUACAGAGCGUGGCAGAGAGAGCCUGAGUUUUUUGAAAGGGAACAGAACAUUUUGGAAGACCUUGCUAAGAGGAUGUGCUGGAAAAAAGUUGCUGAGAGAGAUGGUUUUGCAGUGUGGCAAAAACCCACCAAUCAUGUCCACUGCAUCCAAGUGAAGAGGAUAUGGCCAUCCCCUGCUUUCUGCAACUCUACUGAUGCUGAUGCUGGUUGGUAUACAAAAAUGACUGCAUGCAUUUUUCCUCUUCCAGACGUGAAUGAUAUUCGUGAAGUAUCUGGUGGUGCUCUUGAGAAAUGGCCUGCAAGGUUAAACACUGCUUCACCUAGAAUUAAGAAUGAAGCUAAUGAUGGGAUCAGAGUCAGAGACUUUGAUGAAGAUACACAGACAUGGAAAAGGAGACUAUUGUAUUACAAAUCCAUGCUGAAAUCUUUCUCUUCUGGUGAGUAUCGAAAUGUUAUGGAUAUGAACGCCGACUUAGGAGGAUUUGCAGCUGCAAUGGUGGAACACCCAGUUUGGGUUAUGAAUGUUGUUCCCUUUGAUGCAACACACGGCAAUCUUGGUGUUGUCUAUGAGCGCGGCCUGAUUGGAACUUACAUGGAUUGGUGUGAACCCUUUUCUACAUACCCUCGAACAUAUGACUUGAUACACGCUUCUGGCAUAUUCAGUAUGUACAUGGACAAGUGCGACAUUGCUUAUAUACUUCUUGAGAUGCAUCGCAUUCUUCGCCCUGGAGGAACUGUUAUUAUCAGAGAUCAUACAGACAUCAUUGCCAGAGUAAAGAGAAUAACAGGUCAUAUGAAAUGGAAAGGAAAAGUACUGCAGAGUGAGAAUGGGCCCUCUGACCCUGCAAGUGUGCUGCUUAUUGACAAUGCUGAUUAAUUGGUUGUAUUAUCAGUCUUGUUACAGGAAGAAAAUGCGACUCACAAGUGAUAAAUCAUCCUCGUAUGAUGUCCAGAACAAUAGAAAGCUUUGUCAGCAAGAAAUCUCAUUUGACAGUAACAAGCAGUAGUAUAUACAGCUUUAUAAUUAGUUUUUGGGCUAUUGAUAAAGGCGAUUGGAGGUGCAAAACAAGCUGAAAUCUGAAGUUAUGGGUAGCAAUAGCUCUGCAAAAUUGAGUUGAUGAUCCCUCUGUUUCAUUCUUACACUUGUAAAUGACAUAUCUAGCUUCAGGUAGUUUUUAGCUGAACAAUGAUGAUUUCAGAUUCAUAUUGUUUAUUUAUUCUUCUGACCUAGAUGGAGGUUGAUGCUUGCCAGGUUGUAAGCUGCUCUUUCAAGGCUUUUAACAAUCUGUUAAAAUAUUUGAUUUUUACAUCA